AGAAAAGAAGAGGAAACCUGUAAAACGAUAAAAACCAGGAAGAAAACGAAAAAACGACCACUUUGUGUUUGUUGGCGAUUUUGUUCCAGUUCAGGAUUUGUGAUUUUGCACUUUUUCGGCAAGGAUAACGUGAAAUUUCGCGAAUUUAAGGUUCACAUCCAACACAGAAAUGCUUUCUUCGGGUUCGGCCGCCAUCGGCGUUAGUGCCCUGGCCUCCACGGCCUACGGAAACGAGCGUACGGAAGUGGCCGAGUACGCCAACGAGGGUGGCUUUUUUCAUGCCGACUACAAAAAACAUGAUGAUCUGAAACAGAUGCUCGACAGCAAUAAGGACAGCCUGAAGCUGGAGGCGAUGAAGCGUAUCAUCGGGAUGAUCGCGAAGGGCCGGGAUGCAUCGGACUUAUUCCCGGCCGUGGUGAAGAAUGUGGUGUCGAAGAACAUCGAAGUGAAAAAGCUGGUGUACGUGUAUCUCGUACGAUACGCCGAGGAGCAGCAAGAUCUAGCGCUGCUAUCCAUAUCCACCUUUCAGCGGGCCCUGAAAGAUCCGAAUCAGCUGAUUCGGGCCAGUGCACUACGCGUGCUAUCCAGCAUUAGGGUUUCUAUGAUUGUACCGAUCGUGAUGCUGGCGAUCCGUGAUUCUGCCUCGGACAUGAGCCCCUACGUACGCAAAACAGCGGCUCAUGCGAUUCCGAAGCUGUACCAUCUCGAUCCAGAACAGAAGGAGGAACUGAUGGUCGUGAUUGAGAAGCUGCUGGCCGAUCGUACUACGCUGGUGGUUGGUUCAGCAGUGAUGGCAUUCGAAGAAGUGUGUCCAGAACGAACGGAACUGAUCCAUAAGAAUUACCGUAAACUGUGCAAUCUACUGGCCGACGUGGACGAGUGGGGUCAGGUGCUGAUCAUCAACAUGCUGACUCGCUACGCUAGAACACAAUUUCUCGAUCCUAAUGCUGAGGACGAUUAUGAUUACGAUGAGGAGGAGAAUAAACCGUUCUAUGAGGAUGAUUCUAAUUCCGACGGUUCCGGUGGUGAAAAAGAUCGCAAGGGUAGUUCGGACGUUUCCCCACGCAAAACCUAUACGCUCGACAUCGACCAUCGGAUGCUGUUGCGGCAGACGAAACCACUGCUGCAGAGCCGUAACGCAUCGGUGGUGAUGGCGGUCGCUCAGCUAUAUCAUCACGUUGCUCCACGCACUGAAGUUGAGAUCGUUGCCAAGGCACUGAUACGCCUGCUGCGUAGCUAUAAGGAAGUGCAGAGCGUGGUGCUGACGUGCAUCGCUUCGAUGUCGAUCGAACGGAAAUCGAUCUUCGAACCGUUCUUGAAGUCAUUCUUUGUACGCACUAGCGAUCAAACGCAUAUUAAGCUGUUAAAGUUGGAAAUUAUGACGAAUCUGGCCACGGCUACCAGCAUUUCGGUGAUACUGAGAGAGUUCCAGACGUACAUCAGUAGCAACGAUAAGGACUUUGUGGCCUCGACGAUACAAGCCAUUGGGAGAUGUGCCGUGUCCAUCUCGGAAGUGACCGAAACCUGUCUGAGCGGUUUGGUGCAUCUUCUCUCGAACAAAGAUGAAUAUGUCGUAGCGGAGAGUGUGGUCGUGAUUAAGAAGCUGCUGCAAACACAGAAGGAAGAACAUUUCGAGAUCAUCUCCCAAAUGGCCAAGCUUCUCGAUUUCAUCCAGGUACCAGCGGCCCGUGCCUCAAUUCUCUGGCUGAUUGGCGAGUACAACGAAAAGGUGCCCAAGAUAGCGCCCGACGUGUUGCGCAAGCUCGUCAAAACGUUUAUCGAUGAGCAGGACAUUGUGAAACUGCAGGUGUUGAACCUGGCGGUUAAGCUGCAUCUUACGAAUCCCACUCAAACGGCAUUGCUGUGUCAGCAUUUGCACAACCUGGCCCGCUAUGAUCCGAACUAUGAUAUACGUGAUCGUGCGCGGUUCUUGAAACCUUUUCUACUGGCUAAUGGCACCCAGUCGGUUCUGCAAGAAGCGGGCAAAAGGAUAUUCUUGGCCGAGAAACCGGCACCGACACUCGAAAGCAAGUACCAUGGUCGGCGUCAGUAUCAACUCGGUUCACUGUCCCACUAUCUUAACAUGCCUACGACCGGGUAUCAGGAUUUACCGACGUGGCCGACGGUUGCACCGGACAGUUCGGUGCGGCAUGUGGAACAACCGACAGCGGUCGGAUCUGGCGCUGGGGACGAUUAUCUAGGAGGCGGUAGAGGAGGUGAUAGUCGUACAGGCAGUGGAAAUGCCGCGUCCGGUGGAGGCGCAGAUCGCCGUAAAAAGAAAACAAAAUCGUUCUAUUCGGGAUCAGAGGACAAAAGUAGCACUACGACAGAGGGCGCUUCCUCCGCAGGAUCGUCGUCGGAUUCGGAAUCCAGCUCGGGUUCUGGAUCGACCUCGGGUUCAUCUUCUUCCGGAUCGGGCUCCUCGAGCGGUUCUAGCGAAAGUGGAAGCGGUAGUGAGAACAGUAGCGGUGGUGAAUCAUCAGCAGCCAGUGAGGAUGAGGAGCAGCUGGGUGUGGAUGGAGCAUCUUCGAAGCGGUCGAACGCGAAAAACAAACAUCGAAACGAGGAAGAUCGAUUCUCGAAAACGGCCUACAACGAGGUCGAGGGAAUAAGCCAGUCGAAGCAGGAAAGCUCCACGGAGGAUAGCGAGGAAGACAGCAGCAGUGAUAGCUACGAUUCUUCCACUUCCGGUUCAGCGUCUUCCGGAUCAUCUUCUGGAAAGAAGAAGCCUUCCAAGGUGUCUGCUGUCUCUUCUGCCAAUAAGCCACAGUCGGAGUCGAAGAAGGGCCGCGAUGUAAAACAGAAAGCAUCAUCAACGGUGUCAGCAGCAGCAACAGCACCACCUGCUAAAAGCAAUCUCGAUCUUCUGCUUGACUUGGAUGAUAUUCCACCAAUCGGUCCGGUAAUGACCCCUUCGAUGGGUGGCUUCCUCACGCCAAUGACAGCCCCUGGUGGUGGUUUCGUUGCGGGGGGCGCAUCGGUUGAGCUUGUCGGUCCCAGUUUCAUUCCGUCCAAAAAGCGUGAGUUAUUGAACAAAGUGAACGGUUUUGGGCUCGGCAUCGAGUAUCGGUUCGUUCGCGCACCACAUUUGUACUCCUCUCGUAUGGUUUCCGUCGAGUUGGUCUUCACCAACUACGGCAACGUGGAGCUAGUGGACAUAGAGGUGGGCAAAAAGGCGAACCUGCCAGCGGGAGUAGCGGUGAACGAUUUCGCGCCCAUCAGUCGACUGAAUCCCGGCCAAUCCGUCGUGGGAAUGCUGGGCGUUGAUUUCAACGAUUCCACCCAACCGAUCGCGUUCGAGAUAAGGUCGGGCAGUGGUACGAGCCAGGUGACGUUGAAGGCAUCGGUCGGGGAGAUGGUGCGAUCUGUCGCCAUCUCGGAAGCAACAUUCGAUGCCGAGAGAAGCAAAUUGCGUGGUAUGACCGAACAUUCCUGUAGUCUAGAGCUAAACGAGUCGCUUUCGCCAACGGACAAAAGCCUUCAGAAGGCCGUGUUUGAGGCCAGUAACGUUGCAAACGUGGCUUUAAGCGGUGAUGAGCCGGCUCAACGGUAUUUGUUUGCCGGGCAAACGAUGAGCUCGAAAAGUCUGGUGCUGAUUGUGCUGGAGCAGAAAAAAGGAUCCGCCGCUGCUGCUGACUAUCUUCUUACCGUGAACUGUGAGAAGCUGGUCGUUGGGUCGAUGCUUUUGAAUGAGCUAAAGGCGGUGUUAAAGAAGUAAGGAAAGGCUGAAGUGUGGGGGACACUAUUCCGAGCGGAAUCCAAUUAUUAGUUAUCGAAAUAUGUAUGAGAAACUUUAAAUGCGAAAAUAAAAUACUCCAACGUCUAAUUCAAAUCGGCUCGCUAUGCCGAAGU